AUGGCAAAAUCUCCCAAUGUCGAAUCCUUGGAGCGCGAUGGCUUCGUUGUCAUCAGGUCCGCCUUGACACCCGGGGAGAUCGAGAAACUGCGCGACGCCUGCCAACGGGUAACUGCCCUCGCUCGACAAGGCCAGUGGCCGCACGUACGCACGCUCCCGAAGCAAUUUCCCCCUUGGAACGUCAAAGAAGGCCAGAACCCAGCCGAGGCAGGCAUCUGGGGCGUUCAAGGCCUUAUGCAUCCAGCGAUGCUCGAGCACGACUUGUUCACCGCCACCUACUUCUCCGACGCUCUCAUCAACCCCACCAAGGAACUGCUACAGUGUGGAGACGAUGAGCUCGUGAUGGAGCUCUUCAACCUGCUCGUCCGCCCCGACCACGACUUUGAACUCCGCUGGCACCGCGACGACAUUUCCGAGAAGGCCACUCCCGAGGAGGAGCUCGAACGUCUUGCUAAGCCGGCAUGGCAUACACAGUGGAACCUCGCCUUGUACGACGACAGCAGUCUCAUAGUCGUCCCGGGUUCCCACAGACGGGCGCGGACAGCUACCGAGCGUGCCGCCGACCCGUACGAGAAAGGUCUCCCUGGCGAACUGCACGUGCAGAUGGGCCCUGGUGAUGUCGUCUUCUACAAUAACAACAUCCUGCACCGCGGGGCGUACAAUAGCGAGAAGGAACGCAUGACUUUGCACGGAAGUGUCGGCCACUCCAACGGUGGCAGUCUCCGCGCGAGGAAUGUCCUACAGCAUGGACUGCGCGAGUGGAUCGAUCAAUGCGAUUUCUCCAAGAUGCCGGACUUGGAGCGCGGUCGUGCAGAAGGAAUGCGGCGGCGAUUGAUUGAGUUGGCGAACAAGUCUGGCGAUGUGGGAUAUUCGCUGGAGGGUUGA